AUGGCACCGGUGAACACGGACACCACGAACGAGGACACGCCCUCAGUGAGGGUCACCUUUCCCCUGGUGCUGUUCGGGCUCGAGUGCAUCGCGGGCGUGGCUGGCAACAGCUUUAUCACAGCCGUGCACGGCACCGAGUGGGCCAGGCGCAGGCGGCUGCCCGCCGGCGACCUCAUCCUGCUCCUGCUGAGUGUCUGGCGGCUCCUGCUGCAGGUCUGGGUGCUGCUGGAGAGCACGCUCGGCCUAUUCUUCCGGGGCGCUUACAACCAGAACGCCGUGUACACGCUCUUCAAGGUGGUCCUCAUGUUCCUCAACUACACCAACCUGUGGCUGGCGGCCUGGCUCAACGUCUUCUACUGCCUCAGGGUGGCCAACUUCACACACCCCUUGUUUUUCAUGAUGAAGAGGAGGGUCUUGGGCUUCAUGCCUUGGCUCGUGAGGCUGUCCCUACUCCUCGCCCUCUGCUUCAGCUUCCCCUUCUCCAAGGACAUUUUCAACAUGUACGUCAAUAGCUCCAUCCCUGUCCCCGCCUCCAACUGCACCGAGAAGAAGUACAUCUCGGAGACCAACGUGGUCAGCCUGGUCCUCCUGUAUAACCUGAGCAUCUUGCUUCCCCUUGGCAUCUUCAUCCUGGCAGCCACCCUGCUCAUCGCCUCCCUCAAGAAGCACACACAACACAUGAAAAGCACGGCCACCGGCUGCCGCGACCCCAGCAUGCAGGCCCACGUGGGAGCCAUCAAAGCCAUCAGCUCCUUCCUCCUCCUCUACAUCUUCAAUGCGGUCGCCCUGUUUCUCUCCAUGUCCAACAUCUUUGAGCCCAGCAGUCCCUGGAACGCUCUGUGCAAAGUCAUCAUGGCGGCCUACCCCUCUGGCCACUCCGUGCUGCUGAUCCUGAGCAACCCCGGGCUGAGAAGGGCCUGGAAGCGGCUGCAGCAGAGGGUUCGCCUCUACCCGAGAGGGCGGGCUCUGUGA